CACAUUACUCAUGUUGGUUAAAUUUCAUUAUCUUUCUGAUCAAUAUCCCUACAUACAUAGUAGUACCUAAUAUUUUGAGUAACGCUUACUACAUAUUUCAAUCAAAUACCUCUCUCUCUCUCUCUAUAUAUAUCAUCAUUCUCUCAAUUCCCAGUCAAAGGCAAAUUAACUAGAAAAGUUGUUAAAUUUCAAUUUAAAAAAAAUGGGAAAAAGUAGAAUUCUUGUUGUAGGUGGGACCGGUUACGUGGGAAGGAGGAUUGUGAAGGCCAGCCUAGCGGAGGGCCACCCGACUUACAUUCUAAGGCGGUCGGAAAUCGGGAUGGACAUCGAGAAGCUGCAGGUGCUGCUGGAGUUCAAGAGGCAGGGGGCGGUGCUGGUCGAGGGGUCGUUUUCCGAUCACCGGAGCCUGGUGGAGGCGGUGAAGCAAGUCGACGUGGUUGUAUGCACCAUGUCCGGGGUGCAUUUCCGGAGCCAUAAUCUGCUGAUGCAGCUUAAGCUUGUUGAUGCUAUUAAAGAAGCCGGAAAUAUCAAGCGUUUCUUGCCUUCGGAGUUCGGCAUGGAUCCUGCCCAAAUGAUGCACGCGCUUGAGCCAGGUAGGGUCACAUUCGACGAGAAGAUGACGGUAAGGAAGGCCAUCGAGGCAGCCAACAUCCCCUACACCUACAUCUCCGCCAACUGCUUCGGCGGCUACUUCGUCGGCAACCUCUCUCAGAUGGGGACCCUCCUCCCCCCCAAAGACAAAGUCCUCAUCUACGGCGACGGCAACGCCAAAGCCGUCUUCAUGGACGAGGACGACAUCGCCACUUACACCAUCAAGUCCGUUGACGACCCCCGCACCCUCAACAAGACCGUCUACAUUCGCCCACCUGAAAACAUCCUCUCCCAGCGAGAGCUCGUCCAGAUAUGGGAGAAUCUUUCCGGGAAUACGUUGGAAAAGACCUCCAUUUCCGGCCGAGACUUUCUCGCUCUCAUGAAAGAUGCUGACUACGCUGGCCAAGUUGGAUUAGGCCAUUUCUAUCACAUUUUCUAUGACGGCUGCCUCACAAGCUUCGAGAUAGGAGAAGACGGGGAAGAAGCUUCUAGACUUUAUCCGGAAGUCCAGUACAAGCGCAUGGAUGAAUACUUGAAACUUUAUCUCUAAGUAUAUUGCUUGUAAUAUCAAUAAAACUACUCUCAAACUGUUCACAUUUAAGUCAUUAAUGAAGAGGUCUAUGUUCUAUCUGUA